CAAUGGCCCCAUUUUACUGGUUUACUGGUUAAAGGAGAAGUGUCGCCCACUCCGUUAUGUUAGUAACACAGCCCUGCCUCCACGGUACAGACUCACAAAGCAUCAGCGGAGGGACAGAGCGGUUGACAAGAGUGUUUGUGCAGGAGGAUAGCAAGUCAAUUACGGCUUGGAUCGGAGUUAUUUUACUCUGUCGCUCACUGAGCUGCCGACAUGCAGUGUGGCACGUGCCUUCUUCUGGCCGCUUCGGUCUGGCUCGGGACGGUGCCCGGAUUCCAAACAAGUCCUGGAUUCAAAACGUUUCCUGUAUAUUUUAUGAUGAAAUCUACAUGAACUGCACAUGGGAUAUUAGUGAGAGCGCACCACAGAAACAGCAGUUUGUGUUAUAUUACAAAAAUCACAAAAAGCGUUUUGCAAAGUGCAAGUCCCAGCGUUCGGGUGACCGGGGACAUGCCUCCUGCUAUCUUCAAGGAGUGACGAGUUAUUAUAACAUAUUAUAUCUCCGCAUCAACGCAUCGAAAAACAUUGUGUUUGAAACAGACAUUGAACCGCUUUGGCAGGACUUGGAGGGCAAAUCAUUCGGCUACUUGGAACCCUGCAAAUUAAAGCCCCUGCGGGUAGUGUGGUCCGAGCUGAACAAUCAGUGGGAAGCUUGA